AUCAGAGAGUGAAAAUGCAAGGCGGAGUGACGAUGCAUCACGGCACGGCUGCGAUGGCGCCGCCCCCGCCGCUUCCCCCGCCACCACCGCCAUUCCAUCGCAGAGGGUUUAUGCACAUGACCUUCUUCUGGGGCAAGAGUGCGGAGGUUCUGUUCUCGGGUUGGCCGGGGACGAGCUCCGUCAUGUACGCCGUGGCCUUGAUCUUCGUCUUCGCAAUGGCGGUGCUGGUGGAGUGGCUCUCUCACUGCAGGCUGAUCAAGCCAGGGGCUAACGCCGUCGCGGCGGGGCUGUUCCGCACAGCCCUGUACGCCGUUCGUUCGGGGCUCUCGUACAUGGUGAUGCUUGCCGUCAUGUCCUACAACGGCGGCGUCUUUCUCGCCGCCGUGGCGGGGCAUGCCGUUGGAUUCGCUGUUUUCGGCAGGCGGGUUUUCCGGAAGUCAGGUGGGGUGCGUGAUGGACACGUCGCCGAUCUUUCUUCAGCCAAAUGUUAAUGAUUUUAGUUUCCAGUACUCAAGAAAAUAAUAUUUUCUUGGGUUUUAUGUCUGAUUGUCUCUUAAAAGUGUGGAUCAAAUGUUCACGCAUUAAAUAAUUUUAAGAUUGCGUGCUGAAUUAU